AUGGAUAUCGAUCCUAUUUUUAUUGUGCAGAACCUUACCAACACUACGUUGGAUAGCUCCGUUUUCUCCUCUAGCAUCGAAGUGGAUGCAAUCUUGCAAAAUUCUUUCUAUACCCGUCCUGUGAAAGUAUUCGGUAAAGCACUUCAUGUUGAAGAUGCAAUUGAAACAGUCUAUCGCUUAUUUCAAUUACAUGUUGGUCGUACAUAUCAAGUGAAUAAGACCAAGAUAUGGACCGCUAAUACCUCCUUAAUGAGUGCAAUUCUUCCAACGCUAAAAAAUGAUAUCCAAGAUCAGGUACGAUGUUGUCAAGACUACCAGCAAACUCAAAACAUCGCCAAUUGUCCGGCUAAAGAAGAAAUUGAAGACACAUGCCCGACGAAUUAUGCUCGUGGUUUCUUAUGGGAACCAACCAAAGUUAAUGUUACAAUCAAAAGUAACAGGAAGGAAUCUUGCAAGUUAUUUACUAGCGAUAUAGAGCCAAUGGAUCAGAAUUUGCAUGUUCAUGGCCAUGUAAGUAGAACAUGUACAUCUAACAGGCAAGCCAGCUCUGUAUGGGCUUCUGUUAAUGGAUGUAAAUGUUUCGUGACAGCAAUGACAGAUGUAUUGGCUAAAAUGAAAUUAACCGUGGCCAAGCAAUAUACCAUGCACUACUUGAGCACACUAACUAGUUUUGUUAGAAAAUAUUACAAGUAUAACACAGACUUUAACAUAGCAACGAAUGCUCAAGAGUUACUUUCUCAAUCUCAGCAACAGCAGACGGAUUUACAAAGCAUUUACUAUACUGAAUUUACUGGCUGCUUGGCAAUGACAACGAUGGACUUGAUCAGUAAUUGGCAUUCUGACAAGAAUUGUCCGGCACCGGAUAGCUCCAAGGUAGCCAUGAACAACACCUUCUACAAUGCAUUAGCCACACUACUCAACAUGCCCAAAGAAGAUGUACUCAGUAAUCCUGCUUAUUCACUGGAAAAUAAUGAUACUCUGACAAUGGCCAUCCAAAAUAUUAGCAUGAUGGAGUUAGGUCGAUCCGAUCCUUGCCCAUUAGUUGGAACUGUUAUUCCAUUACCAGCAUUUAAGCCAGGAUCAGGAAUAACAUCACCAAAUCCAACAACUGCAACCACUCCUAUGACGUUGAAUUUUAAGUACUUCUUUCUAGAUGCAGAUAGACAAACAAUCUAUCUACUUGUUACCAGUUACCAGUACUUGUUACCAGAGGGUUGA